AGGGGAAGCAGCAGCACAGUGAAGGUUUCCAGUUGGGAGAGAGUUUAAAGAAAGUGUCUGUUUAGGAUAUCGGAAAGUUCGCUUUGCCUGAAUGAAACGCAGCAGUGGAUGGCUCGUGAAGGUUAUGCACAAUGGAGAAGAUUGGCUUUCAGUGCUUUGCUUGGAUACUUUUGAAAGGAACCAUAUGUCUGUUGGUUCUUGGACCACACCAGACACACAGCAACUUUACCUUCACCAAGAGAGCACCGCCUCAUCCCAGCAGGGCUCACGAGGCUUCUUCGCAGCAGAAGAACUCUGUGCUUCAGUCCAGGAGUCUAACUCAGCACACCAAGCUGCCCCGUAACCCCUUCAUCCCUCUUUCAAAGCAGGGAUUUGGGGAAAUACUUGGAGGAAACUCACAGCCGCACUCAAACCCAUCAUUAAAGAUGAAGCUUCAGCCCAUCAUGAAAGUUCAUGGAACAUCUAAAUGGUCCGAGACCUUCAUCUGGGGGGACUUUUAUUCAAAUAUAAAGACGGUCAAACUGAAUUUGCUGAUAUUGGGGAAGAUUGUGGAUCAUGGGAACGGGUCUCUCGGCGUCUACUUCCGCCACAACUCCACGGGGGUAGGCAAUGUGUCCGUCAGCCUCAUGCCUCCGACGAAAGAGGUGGAGUUCGACUUGGAGCGCCAAAGCGUGAUCCACCCCAAGGAUUCAAAGACGUUCAACUGCAGAGUGGACUCCGAGAAAACCGAACGCAACAAGAAGGUGAUGCUGUGCAACUACGACCCAUCAAAGACAUGUGAUCAGGAGCACACCCAGAGCCACGUCACCUGGAUGUGCUCCAGGCCUUUCCAGGUCAUCUGCAUCUACGUGUCUUUCUACAGCACAGACUACAGACUGGUUCAGAAAGUCUGCCCGGACUAUAGCCUGCAGAGUCCAGCCUACCUGCCUGCAGGUUAAAGGACACUGGAGAGUGAUGUCUCAGCAAGCCUCUAUAGAGAAAUCCAGUUAGUGCAGCUAUGAGCCAGUUUGAUGGAUCAUUUUGAGGUUCUUCAAGAACUUCGGUUGAAAAGUGUUUUUAAGUUCACUUUAGUUUCUAUGUUUUUAGUGCAAAAAAUGUGCCUGCGUUAAGAUUAAAGUGUUUUAGAUCAUGUAACAAAAAAAGGUUAGGGUGCAACUAAAAGUGAGUGAUUUCCCUGGCAAUUGCUUUCUUAAUUAUUCCUUUGAAUACCGUAUAUGGUUUUAUGAAACCACAGUGUUAUGAAAAUACUCACAAAAAUCUUGAUAUUUGCUCUUUUUCUGAACUGUA